AUGGCACCCGCAGCAACUGGWGGCAAGAAGCAGAAGAAGAAGUGGUCCAAGGGAAAGGUCAAGGACAAGGCCCAGCACACCGUCAUCCUCGACAAGGCCACCAACGAGAAGCUUCAGAAGGAUGUCCAGUCCUACCGCCUCGUCACAGUCGCCGUUCUCGUCGACAGACUGAAGAUCAACGGCUCAUUAGCGCGCAAGGCACUCGCCGACUUGGAGGAGAAGGGUGUGAUCAGACAGGUGGUCAGCCACAGCGCCGGCAAGAUCUACACCCGAGCUGUCGGUGGUGCGGAUUAA